CAAGGUUGAGUGGGAACAGCUCCAGCUGCACCAAGGAUAAAAGAGGAUCCAGUCUCCCAUUGUUCCAGCUUAGACUCCCAUGGUCUACACAGGGUAAAAUGUUCUCCUCUGUGACAAGAAAUAGCCAGCUUUCUUCUGGGCCUCACGGAUUGAAUGGGGAAGAAAAAAACAGCAACUACCAAUGCCGAUUCCAUUCUCCUCCUGAGAAAGUCUGCCACAUUUCUAGCAAUUCCAAAGGAGACCGCACCUCUGACACUUCCAGUUCCACUUACUCUACACCACUGGGCUCAGAGGAAGCGGAGAGUUUUAAGGACUGUGUCGAGUACUUUGAAGAAGCUGGAGAUUGUAUCAAGCAGUGCACUUACUGUGACUCAGAAUAUGCGCAAGGAGGCAUAUCAGCAACAUCGAUCCUCUCUGCAGCUCAGUUGAGCCCUGAUCAUCGAAGCAGGAUUUCCAAGGCUACAGCCAGCCAGCUCUGUGGGACUUUGAAUAGUUGCAGCAAUGUCCUACAAGAAAACCCAUGCAGUAUGAACAGCAAAGAAAAAGGUAAUUCUUAUGCCAUUACAUCUGGAGGAGUUCAAGCUCAUUUUUCUCCAACCAGGGGCGAGACUUUGGGAGUCUCAUUGCCAGCCCAAGAGGCGAGAGCACAGAGCCUGCAGGCGGGCUGCAACAGUACUAUAAAAGAUCAAACCUGCAGAGACAAACUCCGUUCCAGUAGUAAGCAAAGCCAACAGGUUCAGAUGUCAAUCAAAGCCAAGAAUAGCUCAGACCCAGUGUGCAGUGGCAGAAUGGGUCUAGUCACACGAAGGCUGCAGCCAGGAGACAGCGGAUCUAAAUAUUUGGAUCAUCCUACACAAUUCAGUUCUGAUAAAUCCAAGGAAAUGUUACCUAAUGCUCGCAAGCUAAAGAAAAGCAGCCUUGGCAGUCGAGCUCACGGCCCUGUAAGUAGCAAACCAGCAUGCCCCAAAUAUUUUGUUGAAAAUUCAAGUGUUUUGAGUGACUCUGACGAGGCUGAUAAUGAAGUAGAGAAGCUCACUGCUCUGUCUUUCCAGAGCCUCUCAUGUCCCCAAGGCAGUUACCUAGACAUGUACAGUUCCAGUAACAGGACAUCCUCCAGCUUGUCCAAUUCCUUGCCAGAAGAUUGCAAUGGAAUGAGCAGGUGGCCGGCAUGCAGCGAUCCCAGGAAAACAGCAGUGGUCGAGCACUCUAAAGGAAGCUGGCAAUUCCCACCAGCCAGCAAAGCCCCAGAAGCAGAACUGCUCAGCGGUGUACUGGGGAAAGAGCACUUUGAGUGCGUCGAUGUCACCCUGGAGAAUGCGGAGGGCAAAAAGAGCUUCUCUAAAAAGAGAAUGGUGCCCAAGCGCCAGAUCCAGUUGAGACGGAAGGAGAAAAAGGAGAUAGGGUUUUGUGCUGCUGGUGACUGCGCUGCACUCCAGCCAUUCACACAACCAAGGAAAGAGUCAUCUGUGAAGGGGAGGAACAUCAGUGAUGAGUUUAGGAUAAAUUAUAAGCAAUUUCUGAAAGCAGCCUCUUUGAACAAUACUUACAAUAAAUCCAGGAUGGCUUCAAGUUUGGUGAGAAAUGUUUUGGCUAAAAAAAUGCAAUAUGAGCAAAGGAUUAAAGUGGAACAAGCAUCCGUCCGGGGCAGCUCAACGUCUUCUGUUCCUUCCUCCAUAAGUACUGACCUCCCCGGGGACAGUUUAGAAGGCAAGUCAAGUUCUCUUUCCAAGUCAGACUGCAGUUUUUCGACUGAAGAUGUGCAAAGCCAUUCCACCACCAGCGAGAGGUCCGAGUCCCUUGCAGUGAGUAAAGAGAGCAUGGAUGCCUUGAAGCCAACAAAGGGAGUUGUUGUCAAUGCGCAACUAAGGGAGAAUGUCUACAAACUGAAAACUACAUUUAAUGAGCUGAAUGAAAGAAUGAAGUAUCAAGAAGCUACUCAACUGAAGCGACUCCCCAUCUUGGCAGAGGGUGGCAUGAAUACCAUCGACACAACCAACAUCAGAAAGCAGGCCAGCGGGGAAAGAAAAGAGUACAGGAGAGCCCGAGCUGUGUUUGAGUCUCUGCAGCCCGAUGCAAAAAGCUCAGCCGCAGCUCCAAAAUUUGCAAAGCCUCAAAAGCCGUGGCCCAACCUAAAGCAGCGAGCUAUUCGGCCGAACAAGCACACACAGUCAAAAGACGAAAUGUUUCCACAUAAAUCUAAAAGCCUUGGGGUGCCUAAUGAUACUUCCAGAAACAUCUUCACAUCCAAAACCAAAGAAAUGAAACUCAUCCCUCAGAUCAAAAAUGAGCAAAAUGUUGCGAACGCCUUUAGGCGCACACCUUUGGGCAGAGUUUCCAGUGAUAGGAGGUUGCCUAUAUUUCAGACCAUGAAACUUUCAUCUGUCAGUUUUCCAGCUUCUGGCAAAUCACACAGUGGUGAAAAAUCUAAUCAGCCAAAAACACUUCGCACAGAGGAGACUGCUCAAAUGGAAAGUAAAGGGAAGAUAAGAACACCUCAGCUCAGAGAUGUCAGGAAAUUAGUGAAGGACUCCUUUAAAUCAUCAGACAGCUCCAGUGCAGACCAGGCUUCCUAUUCAGACAGCAAAAAUGAGAACAGUUUGACUGUGUUGCCAAAGGAGUCCACAGCCAUCUCGCCUCUGUUUAUACGUUGCACCUCAAUAUGUCGGAAAGAUGAAACUCCAACAGUAAACCAUGUAGAGGAAAAAAAGCAAGACCAAACUGGGGGCAUAGAUAUGUCAACCCUUUCUCUGCAUGAUGACCACACAAACAACAGGGAAUCCACUGACUAUUAUCGUCCCAUGGUACAGACACAUGGAAACGUACCUGUGUGUAAUCCAGAAAGCAAAUGUUCUGCAGUGGGUGAAUCUCCAGUGCACAUCACUACAAUUCGGUCCAAGAAGUAUGUUGUGGAGAAUAAAGAAUUUCAGUCACAAGUUGAAAAUAAACCAGUGCCUUGUGAGCGGAGUGAAUUAAAUGUCAGACCUUCUUCUGCGGCCACCAAGAAAGAGUCGCAGCUUAAUAUUACAGUCAACAGCUCUCUCUCCAAGCAGUCACACAAAACAGAGACUGACUAUUUCCCAGCUUUCAGUUAUUCCACAUUGGAUGAAAGGACCAUGAAAGAAGCUUUGCCACUGUCAAAUCAUAGCUUGUUAAAAGAGAACCAAGCUGCUGCUUCAUCAGAGACUGUUGUAAUUCCACCUUCUACGUAUCUUCAGGACAUCACAAGGAGAGAUCAUGGUUAUGAGACCACAAGCCAUAUUCAGGAGGCCUGCAAAGCCCAGGAAGCUGAACUGACCCAUCAGAAGCAUUUAUCCAGUGAGACCUUCUCAGUGGCUCCCACAGACAAUAAAUGUUCUUCUAGCCUUUUGAAAGAAGAACAUAUCUUAUCUGGGUGUGGAUCAACCUGUGAGAGCUGUAAGCACCCACAAGCCAACAGACAUCCAAUGACAAGCACCCAAAAUAUUCAGACACAGACUCCAGCAAAUCACUUCAAUGACAGUGCAUCUGAAACUAAAGUGCCCUUGGACAACCACAACAGAAUGCAUUCAGAAUGUGUAAUUUCAGACAAUCCAGUAACAGCAAGAGAGUAUACCGAAGGAAUCAAGCUAAUAUCAAACUCAUCUUUUACACCAUCAACUUCUUAUGGAAAGCUCCAUGACCUGGGAUGUGAUUCUUUUAAUAAACACCAGCCACCAAAUGAACAGUAUUUUUCAGCCAUCCAGGCUGACAACACAAAUUACUUAACGAUUCCUGUGAAAGCCCAUCAAUCCGAGGCAGCUGCUAAGCACUCAGUGCCUACAUACAUGGAUAACACUUCAUUCACCUCCAACGUCUCUUUCCAGCCCAGCGGGGAAGCAUCAGGAAGUAAAAUAAGCAAUGAGCUUUUCCCACCAAAACAAGUGGAGAAGAAGGCACCCACUGAUAAUUUGUUAUACAAUAACCCAAGCCAUGGGCAACUCCCCCUAAGACUUGAAGAAUCCCCCAGUUUCUCAAGAAGAAAUGAAAGAAUUUCGCCAGCUGGCAAGACUGCCCCAAGCCCAACUAGGCACUUUGCUGCUCCUUUGCAAGCACAUAGGAAAAUGUUAGUUGAUCCAGAGAGUGGGAAAUGCUACUAUGUGGAAUCACCAAGGCAGCCUCAACUGAAGAUGCUUUAUGACCCAGAGACAGGGCAGUAUUUUGAAGUGUUGAUACCACCAGUCCCAUUGGUAUCACACAGUGGGCUUUACCAGUCUCCCUUCUCAUCGGUGGUCAUGAAUCCAGGGGGUUAUGGACCACCAUACAUGCCCUAUUCUGGCUUUGCCGGCUUCCCACCUCCCCCUCCAUCUGUGGCACCUGUCCAUGUUGAUCUUGAAGACCAACAACCCGUUCAGGAGAGCACAAACUUCAAUGAGAGUUUCAACCAUUUUUCAAAGAAUGAAGUUCCUCCAGCUACCCAAACUGCUGAUGGAAACUACAUGGAAAGUUUAUAUUAUAUUCCCACUGGGAUGAAUUCAAGUCCUAAUCCUAAUCAAGCGUUAUAUUCCCCAUCUACAAAUCCUGGCCCUUCUUUGCCUGAAAAGGGAUCCUUCCUUAGGAUGUGACAUUCGAUGCAACAAGGGCAUCUAGGGGAAACAGCUGCUUUUGUAUUUCAGAUCAUUCUUCUUUUUCUUUUUUUAAAGGCCAAGCCAAACCUCGUUCCCUGGAAUCUGGGGGAAAGGGAUGACAGGAAGGGGGUUGCUUGGUUGCCUUUGGUUGUUUAUUCUGCCACUUGGGUUUUGAAGGACUCAAGAGGAAAUAGGAUACCAGGAGUUUACAGCACACAUCACUGGCUUGAUAAAUCUGAUUUUAAUGUAAAUGCCCCUGGCAACAAUGGGCCACAUUCUGGUGCUAACUGAAGCCAAUGGGAGUUUUGGUAUUGAUAUCAAAGGGACCAGGAUUCAAGCUAUAAAGUUGUCAUUUGCAACUGAUUAAAAACUAAGGACCAUGUUUGAACUUAAGCUGCUUCGGAGACCUUUGCCUCCAAAGGUGAAAAC